UAUAUUGCCGAUUCAUUAUAAAGAACCGCUACGUGUUACUUCUUCGUUGAUAGAAAAAUACGUUUGUUUUGACUUCUUUUGCCGUCGGCGCUGGAGAUUCCGUCAGACAUUAUUCAACUUUUUAUCUAUGUUUUGUAUUUUACAACUUUUUAUUGAAAAGACGAUAAAGGUUCACAUCGCUAAUUCGGCCUGUUUCUCCAACAAAAAUAUCGCGUGGAUUCAGCACACAUGUACUAUGCUAUGAUAGGGCUACUUUUGUGUCGCCAGACAUGUCACUAUAAACUGUUAAUUGUUCAAAAUUUCUUCUUUUGCGUUUCUGGAUAAAAGUAACAGCAUACAGGGCUGGGAUAUCCAUGAGACAAUGAACAUGCUGGAGCAGUGGCUGGGUGAUGCACGUGACACAAUGCGGCAGCUGGCUGGCUGACUUCAAGGCCACACUGACUGGAGCAGGAGGCCAAUUCAUUGUUUAUAGGCCUGGAGCGUUGCACGGGCUUGCACAAGAGUUUUCCCUGUGCACCCCACCAGGUGCUUUUACUCGUUCACGUCAUCUCUUGGAAUAUCCAAAGAUUCUCCUGCUUUUGAUUUUCUGUUCCACCAUCAGCCAUGUUGAUUAUUUUGGCCUCCAUCGUCCUCUUCCACAUCACCUCAGCAAUACUACUCUUCAUAGCAACCAUCAGAAAUGUAUGGUGGGUUUGGGAGGAUUACACCUUAGAUCUCUGGUAUCACUGCAACUCCACAGGCUGUUAUGAUAUACCGAACAGUGCAACCUCUGAUGCAGCCUAUCUUCAGACUGUCCAGGCCACUAUGAUACUGGCCACUAUCUUGUGCUGUGUGGGUUUCUUUGUCUUCAUCCUUCAGCUCUUCCGUCUGAAGCAGGGCGAGAGAUUUGUCUUCACGGCCAUCAUCCAGCUCUUGUCUGCUUUCUGUGUGAUGACCGGCGCAUCCAUCUACACAGCAGAGCACUUAAGCUUCAAAGAGAAGAAUUUUAAGAAUGGAGACUACGGAUACUCCUUUGUCGUGGCCUGGGUCGCGUUUCCCAUGACGCUGCUGAGUGGCUUGAUGUAUCUAGUGCUAAGAAAACGCAAAUAAAGCACAACACACCACCUCACUAGCUGCUACCAGCUACAGCCUUAGCCAAGAGACUUUAUUUGUAAUGAUACUUGUUUUUAUAUGUAGAUUAAAUACUUGCCAAAGUUAGAGUGAAGUAGAUGAUCUUAUAAUAUUAAUCACUGCAUACUGGAAACUUAAUUAGAUUUUAUUCAUAGUAUGUCACAUUUUUUAACCUUGUUGUGUAUAAUUGAGCUCUACCUGCCCAGUAAAAGAAGUGCUGUGAUUUAGAGAGGUAAAAUAGGGCGUGGAAAAAAAGACAAGAGUGGGAGAUAUAAUAGGACAUAUUUAUAACGUGGAACCACUAUGGGCUCAACAUGUAUUCAUACACAAUGCAUGAUGUGAAAUUGGCCUUAUAUGUAACACUCAGUGUGUGGUAAAUAACAUGCUAGUGUGAUGUUUCCUGGUCAUUAUAUGCGCCUGGGGCAAAAGUCAUUCAAAACUAAAUCUGAAUGAAUUAUUGUGCUGCCAGUUUGCUGGGCACUAUAUCAUACUUGAAGCUGAACAAAUUAUCAAUAUUAGCGGCACGAUGUGUUCUCGUGUAUAGUUUUUUUUUUUUGUAAAAUAGUCUUUUAGUGUUGACUAAUUACAUUGCACGUUUUUGUAUUUGUUUGCAGCAUUUAAUUUGAAAUCACUAUUAA